AUGCUUACCUCUGCCUUCGCCUUCGCUGCUCUCCUGGUCUCGGCCCGCGCCCAAUUGGCCGGUACGGUGACAGCCGAAACACAUCCUGCUUUGACUGUCAGUCAAUGUACAGCAAGCGGAUGUAAGACUUCUGCUCAAUCCAUUGUCCUCGAUUCGAACUGGAGAUGGCUUCACAACAAGGUCGGAUACACCAACUGCUAUACUGGAAACGAAUUCAACUCGACUAUAUGCACUUCCGGAAAGACUUGUGCGUCCAACUGCAUGUUGGAGGGUGCCGACUACAAGGGAGUUUAUGGAAUUACCACAUCUGGAAACGCCUUGAAGCUCAACUUCGUCACCAAGGGUGACAACACAAAUGUCGGUUCCCGAACAUACUUGAUGGCGGCUGGAAGUCAGACGAAAUACCAAAUGCUCAAGCUCAUGAACCAAGAGUUCACAUUCGAUGUCGAUGUGUCCAAGCUUCCUUGUGGAUUGAACGGUGCCUUGUACUUCAGCGAGAUGGCUGAAGAUGGUGGCAUGGCCAAGUACUCAACAAACAAGGCUGGAGCAAAGUUUGGUACCGGUUACUGUGAUGCACAAUGUCCAAGAGACAUUAAGUUCAUCAACGGAGAGGCAAACUCUGAUGGAUGGGCAGGAUCGCCAGAUGAUCCAAAUGCUGGUGGCGGUAAGUACGGAUCCUGCUGCAACGAAAUGGAUAUCUGGGAAGGUAACUCCGUCUCCACUGCGUACACCCCCCACCCUUGCUCCGUUUCCGGCCCAACUCGAUGCUCUGGAACCGACUGCGGUAUCGGUGACAGAUAUGCCUCUCUCUGCGAUGCUGAUGGAUGCGAUUUCAACUCAUACCGUAUGGGCGAUACCGAGUUCUACGGUCCUGGGAAAACACUCGACACAAACAAACCAAUGACAGUUGUAACCCAGUUCAUCUCCACCGACGGCACUGCCAAUGGUGACUUGAAGGAGAUCAAGAGAUUUUAUGUCCAAGGAGGAAAGACCUUCGCCAACUCGGAUUCCAAAGUCGAGGGCGUCACAGGAAACUCAUUGACAACCUCAUUCUGUGCCGCUCAGAAGAGUGUAUUCGGCGAUAACAACAUCUUCGAAACCAGAGGAGGACUAAAGAAAAUGGGCCAAGCCAUUAAGAGCGGUAUGGUACUUGUCAUGUCCAUCUGGGAUGAUCAUAGCGCAGGAAUGCUCUGGCUCGAUGCUCCUUACCCACCAGACAAAGACCCAAGCGCCCCAGGUGUUUCCAGAGGAACGUGUGCCCCAGAUUCCGGCAAGCCAGAGGUUGUCGAAGCCGAGUCACCAGAUGCUACCGUCACAUACUCCAACAUCAAGUGGGGUCCAAUCGGUUCCACCUUCAAGGCUCUCAAGCAAGGACGCACAGAGCGAGUAUAA